AUGAUUCUAGGCUAUUGGGAAAUACCAGGAAAGUGCUAAGCUAUCAGAUUUCUUUUAGAAAUUUUGAAGGUUGAAUACACCGAAAAGAGAUAUACUUUUAAAAAUUCAAGAGAAUGGUUUGAAGAAGAUAAGUUGAAAAUUGGAUUAGAUUUCCCUAAUCUGCCUUAUUUUAUAGAUGGAAACAUCAAGUUAUCUGAAAGCAAUUCUAUAGUAACCUACAUUCUUGAUAAAUAUAGCAAAUAAGAAUGGAAAGGUAAAAACGAAGACAUAUAUAAAGUUGACGAACUACGAUUCCUUUUUACAGAUUUGUAGAGCUUAGGAUAUUUAUCAAGCAAAGGAGACUAAGAUGCUUUUAAAAAUUAUUUAAAAAAACUAGAUUUUGUUUAUUAAUUUAUUAAAGGUGAAAGUAAAUUUUUGCUAGGAUAUUUUACAAUAGCUGAUUUAUAUUCAUGGGAAUGUAUAACAAGACUUAAAGUUUAAUGGCCAGAAUAUUAUUAAAAGUAUUCUGAUAAAUUUGAUCAACUCAUUUAAAAUAUUGAGAAUAUUCCUGAGUUAUAUUCAUACAUAUAGUCUGAUAGAUGUCUUAAAAUUUAACCUCUAAAAAAAUGA